GUCUCUUCGUUGUUGCACGGACACAGCGAGUGGCGUUGUUUUCACUGUCUUUCUUGAACUUUUCUCUGCACUUUGACCCGACAUAAAGAUUAAACACUUAUAAAAUAUCUCUUCUUUGUCCUUGCCGUGCUUAUAUGGACGUUAAGCCAGGCAAAGUUCAAUUUCAAACAGAGUAGGUGACUUUUUCCUCCGAUGUUCACACAGUUCAUGUCUGACGGUGUUCGGACUGCUCACCGACAAGGACCCCUCCACUUUCAGAAGUUGACGAAGUAACUUCCUUCCAGUCAUGCAGCUGCUGAUCCGCCGGUAUCGUCCUUCAGACAAGGACACAGUGCUACACCUGUUUAGUGUAGGCAUCAAGGAGCACAUUGGUCCAUGUUUUCGAACCGCCAUGACCAGCUCUCUCCACCUUGCCAUCACCCUGUCUCUGUGUGUCCCUGGCUAUCUGCUCGGCUCUGUGUUAGGGUCGGUGGUAUUACCAGGAGCCUGGGUGGGCCUUGUUUACUACUGCUGUCAUGAGCUAUACGCUGGUUACGUUAGGGAAAAACUCAGGACGGACAUGCAGGACAUCCCGGGUAACUAUCUGAGCAGACCUGAUGAUUGUUUCUGGGUAGCGGAGGCUGAGGUGGAUGGGAAGACUCAGCUCAUGGGUAUGGUGGCUUUAGUGGCCAAACAAAGUAGGGAAAAAAGAUACGGGGAACUGUUCAGGAUGAUUAUCUCCCCAUCGUGCAGGCGGAUGGGCCUGGGCUUCAGGCUGACUCAGACUGUGGUUGAUUUCUGUAAGGAGCGAGGCUUCUCCAAGGUCAUGCUGGAGACCAGCUCCAUUCAGGCCGCUGCUGUGUCGCUGUAUGAGAAACAUGGCUUCAGACAUGUCCUGUCACACACUAACACAUAUUCUCCUGAUUGGAUAGUAAAACUGGCCAAGGUGUCUGUAUUAAUAAUGGAAAAACACCUGUAGUGCUGAAAUGAGCCUGAUGAGAUACAGCAAUGUUGCUGUUACGCUCCUCUGUAUCAGUGGAUGAAGCUUUAGCACCAUUAAUUGUUGACUGAAAUCCUAACCUGUAAGCUAUGUCUCACAACAGAUUCGUUAUCCCUCAAGGGACUUUUCCUUGUACUGAAUGUGUGAUGAUCUAGUUGUAAUGUUUCUAACAUAACCAAAUGUUGCUCAUAUCAGUUUAUUCGGCCAACGUACAGCGACUGUUGACUCCUGUUUAUGUUUUUAUAAAUUGUAGGUUCCACUGCUGUUGUUUUAUUUCACAAUUUAUUAAUCACAUGUAAUUGUUUUUAUACAAAGAAUCAAGAAAUAAACAACCUCCAAAGGUA